UGUUAUUUUCAAAACUAUUUAGUACAUAUAAAUAAUAUUUACAAAUUGGUCCUUUUAUUAUUAACUAAAUUUUAAUUUGGGCGUAAAAUUAAAUUCCAAGAGCGUUUUCGGUUCAGCUUCUCAAAGUUGUCGUCUUUCUUCUCUAUCUCUCUCUCUCUGGCUCUCGCCUUCUCUAACAGAGCCUCUCCUUUAGACCGUUAAUCCUCAAUCUCUCUCCUCCUCCCUGAAAGAAAGUUUCGGACUUUUUUUGUCUCUCUCUGGUAAGCAAUGGGGAAGAAUCAAGCGUACAAGGCUAUGCAGAGAUCCAGGGUUGGCUCCGCCUCAGCUCAGCCCGAUGAGGUUGAAGAUGGAAUGGUGGAUGGUUCAUUUCAUACACCAGAGUGGCAUGCGGCUCGUUUGGCUAGUCUCAAGACUACCCACACUAUCACCUGGGAAGAGUACAAAAAUAAGCAAAAGGAAGAAGAGAUGAAAAAGGGAGAACUUGAAGCAGAUACCGAUAAACUGAUGCGUGAGUAUAGAGCUCAGCUAGAUGCAGAAAGGUCCUUGAAACUCUCCAAGGGGAGGAACUAUUCUAGUGAUAAGUCCCAUAAAGAUAAGAAAGACAAAGAUUCAAAGAAGAAAAGAAGCAAAAAGAGAAAGCAUUAUUCAUCCUCAGAGUCUUCAUCUAGCAGCGAUGAAGAAGAAUCUAGAAGAUCAAGAUCAAAUUCUAGAAGAUCAAAGAAGGAGAAGAAGCACAAGUCCAGCAGAGACAAACACUCUAGCAAAACUAAAGACGAUGGCCCUGUACCACUCUCUAGAUUCUUUGGCAAUCUAAAGAGUUGACAGUUGACGUGAACAAACAUGCAAGAGUUAUCUUCCUCGAUCAAAAUACUCAAAUUAGGAUAUGAUUUGUUUUCUUCCUUGUUGCAAUGUAUUAUUAUUAUUAUUUGUUGAGAGCUGACAAAAAAAAAAUUAUUUGUUGGAUUGAAAGUUAAUAAUAAUUCCCACAUAAUCAUUAUUUUC